ACGUGUGAAGCCACGCUGGGGAGAAAUUACGCGCCGGUGCGCAAAGCGCGUCAGCCAGUCCCAACAAGAGGAGCUGCCAACUUUUAAGAGCUUAAUAAAUAUAGUUUGGGCAACUGAGGAGCCGAUUGGAGAGAUCCUGGUGAUUUAUCACGAAUAUGGGAUAUGCUGUAGGCUACUGAGUGGACGGAAACUGAUCGAUUUUUGAAUAUUUCCUAUAAAAAACAAAAUGGACCCGUAGCUGGAGCGGCAGGAAAACUUUUUCAGCUCUUGUCUGCGGUAACAAAUAUACAUGUGUCAUGUCGGAUACUAAUAAUUCACUGGAGCCAGACUUUCCCCCUGAAAGUGAGGACUGUCCUGCAGAGGAGUCAUUUGGCUUUGGAGAUGAUUUGGAGUUGAAUCAGUUCGAUGGAUUGCCCUUCUCCUCGCGUUACUACAAAUUACUGAAAGAGAGGAAGACUCUGCCAGUGUGGAAAGUCAGGUCCAAGUUUGAAGAUGCUCUGGUGAACAACCAACUGGUUAUUGUAUCCGGUACAGCAAAGACUGGGAGGAGCACACAGAUCCCUCAGUGGUGUGCCGAGUUCUGUCUGUCUGCCCAGUACCAGCACGGCAUGGUUGUGUGCACGCAGACCAACAGACAGCAGGCUGUAGAUCUGGCCUUGCGUGUGGCCGAUGAAAUGGACGUCAACAUCGGUCAUGAAGUGGGCUACACCAUCCCUCUGGAGACCUGCUGCUCCUCUGACACUGUUCUGAGGUACUGCACUGACAAUAUGCUGCUGAGAGAGAUGAUGUCAGACCCUUUCCUGGAGCACUAUGGGGCCAUUAUCAUCGACCAGGCCCAUGAGAGGACAGUGAGCACAGACAUACUCCUGGGUCUCCUCAAGGACAUCCUGCUGCAGAGGCCUGAGCUCAGAGUGGUGAUCCUCACCAUCCCGCCUGUGACCGACAAGCUGCUGAGCCACUACGACAGCGUCCCGCUCGUCAGUCUGGAGGCCUCGUCUCCCGCUGAGGCGGUCUACAGCAACAGCGGCAACAAAGACUACUUCUUCUCAGCGCUGAGGCUGGUGCUGGAGAUCCAUCGGACCAAAGAGGAGGGAGAUGUCGUUGUGUUUUUUGCCUCGGCUGAGGAGGUUCAUUUAGCCCACAGUAUCCUCCAGAGAGAAGGCACCAGGCUGGGAGCCGAGCUGGGACAGAUGGUGCCUGUGGUCCUGUGUCCAAGCCGCAGAGGGCUACUGCCUGCUCUCACUGAGCAACUGGAGAGGUCCAGGAGGGUUUUCCUCUCUACCAAUCAGGGGGAGGAUAUGUGGUGGGCCACAGAGUCUGUCAACUUUGUCAUCGACACAGGAGUCCAGAAAAAGAUGGUGUACAAUCCCAGAAUAAGAGCAAACUCAGAGGUACUUCGACCAAUCAGCCAGUGUCAGGCAGACGUACGCAAGCAGCUGUCUGGACCAACAGGUAAAUGUUUCUGCCUAUACCAAGAAGACAGCCAGCUUCCUGCAGAGAACUCCCCACAGAUCCUGGAGUCCGACAUCACCCCAACAGUCCUAUUCCUAAAAAGGAUGGAGAUAGCCGGCCUUGGACAGUGUGAUUUCAUCGACAGACCAGAUCCUGAGGGUCUCAUGCAGGCGAUGGAGGAGCUGGAUUACCUCGCAGCUUUGGAUGACGAUGGCAACUUGUCUGAGAUAGGCAUCAUAAUGUCUGAAAUCCCUCUGGACCCUCAGAUGGCCAAAGCGCUGCUGGCAUCCUGCGAGUUUGACUGUGUGAGCGAGAUGCUGACCAUUGCAGCGAUGUUGUCAGCAUCAAGCUGCUUCCUGGAGCCACCUGCCGGCAUGAGCCACGAGGCAGUCCAGUGUCACAGGAAGUUCCAGCACCCUGAAGGCGAUCACUUCACCCUCAUAAACAUCUACAACGCCUUCAAACAAAGCCAGAGAGAACAAUAUUUCACAGCUGAAAAGUGGUGCCAAGACUACUUCCUGGAUCAUUCUGCCCUAAAAAGAGCUGAGGCCAUCAGAUCAGAGUUGACUGACACUCUGAACAGGAUCGAGCUUCCCAUCUCUGAGCCCUCCUUUGGAACCAAGACCAACACCCACAACAUCAAGAGAGCUCUGCUGGCCGGGUUCUUCAUGCAGAUUGCUCGAGACGUGGACGGCUCGGGAAACUACUUCAUUCUGACACACAAGCACAUGGCCAAGGUGCACUCGCUCUCCAGCUACGGGGCUCAGUUGCACAAGCUGGGGCUGCCAGAGUGGGUCGUUUUCCAUGAGUACACUCUGUCGGAGAACAACAGCAUGAGAAUAGUCUCUGAAAUUUCCCCUCAAGUAUACAUUCAAAUGGCACCGCUGUACUUCUUCUACAACCUGCCCCCUAGUGAAAGCAAAGACAUACUGCAAGACAUGUUGGACCCAGAUGGAUCCAAAAAGCGCGGAGACGAAAAACAAAAAGCCAUCACAGUCCACAGUGAAGCCGACAGUGGAUGUGCAGUGGUGCCGCAGACUUAUGACAGAUGUGUGAUCCAAUGAUGUGAAAUUGUACAUGUAAAAAUCCUGGCUGUAAUCUCAUCACCAAAUGUAAAAUGUCUAUAGUCAAUGCAAACCUGGGACUGUUAUAUUAUUGACUCCUGUCAUGACAGCGUGUCACACAAUGUAGUAAACCAUGAUCUUCAUUA